AUGGAAUUUAUGAAUGCAUUAACAUUAGGUAUUAUUUUAUUUGAAAUUCAAUCAAUAGUUAUUGGUCCAUUGAUUGAUCGAUUCGAAUGUCGAUUUGUUAAAUUAAUUGCUAUAAUUUUCCAUAUUAUUGGAUGGUUAACAUUAGCACUAGUUGCAUCUGCAUAUACAUCAAGUGAUUAUUUUUCAAAAUCAAGAGCAUUCGUUGCAGCAUUAUUUGCUGGAGCUUGUACAUCAGCUACAAUGUGGUAUUCAAUAUUUCAAAUUUUAAUUGAUGCAGGAAAAAUCACAUUACAACAACUAUCUUAUAUAUGGAUGUCAUUUGACGCACUUAUGUUAAUUACUAAUAAAUAUACAUUUGCAUUUAAUUUAUCUACUGUUUCUGCUAUUCUUAUUUAUCCAAGCAAUGGUUUUCUACUUGGAUUUAAAGCUGAUAAAGGUAAGAAACAAAAAUUAUUUAAUUUAUCAUUAAUGCAAACUGUAUCAUGGCUCAUAAAUAUUGUCGCAUGUAUUGUAUGUAUGUUUGCACAAACAAAUAUGAUUAUUUCAGCAUUAGUAAUCAAUUAUUUUGCACGAGCUACAAUUGUUGAUGGAAGUCAAGCAGUUGUAGUAACAUUUUUUCAAUCAGAAUAUAUUGGUACAUUAACAGAUGUGAUGUGGACUUUAGUUGGUGCUAUUGCUACUGUUCAAUAUGCUUUAGUCAAAUUAACAGAUACUAUAUCUCGUUUACGGGGAGCAUGGUCAAUUAUAUGA